AUGGCGAUUCAAGUGGCUUCACCAUCAUCCCUUAGCUUCACCAGCAAAACUAAGUAUAGAUAUGAUGUUUUCCUGAGUUUCAGAGGUGAAGAUACUCGCCACGCCUUCACUGUGCCUCUUUACAAUUCUCUACGACGUAAGGGGAUCAACGCCUUCAUUGAUGACAAGAAGCUUGGGAAAGGGGAACGAAUCGCACCUGCACUUAUCAAAGCCAUUGAGAGAUCAAGGAUUUCCAUUAUUGUCUUCUCUACAAACUAUGCUACUUCCACAUGGUGCCUAGAGGAACUCGCCCACAUCAUCUGGUGCAAGAAACAGAAGAAUCAAUUGCUUAUGCCCAUAUUUUACAAAGUGGAUUUGUUGGAUGUUCAAUAUCAGAGAAAUAGCUUUGAAGAAGCCAUGGCUGCUCUUGAAGAUAGGUAUAGAGAUGACUUAGAGAAAGUGUGCGAAUGGCGUUCUGCUUUGUUCGAAGCUGCUAGUUUAUCAUCAGCAUGGCUUUUCAAGGACGGAUGUGAAUAUGGAUUUAUUGAAAGGAUCGUGGAACAUGCAUAUUCUAUGCUGCCACCUAAACGCUUCCAUAACGUUGAUUACAUCGUUGGACUUGAGCCUCGGAUAGAAGAAGUGAUCUCACUUAUAAAUAAAUCUGACAAAGGCGUCUGCAUGUUGGGAAUUCAUGGAACUGGCGGAAUUGGCAAAGCAACCCUUGCAAAAGCUCUCUAUUAUUCAAUCUUCUAUCAUUUUGAAGGUGCUUGUUUUUUGUUUGAUGUCAGAGAAGUAUCAAAGAAGUAUCAGGGCGUUGUUCGCCUUCAACAAACACUUCUAUCAGAAAUUCUUGAGGAAAAGAAGAUGAAGUUUUGCAGUGUUGACGAAGGGAAAUCUAUAAUUAAACAUAGACUCUCUAACAAAAAGGUGUUAUUGGUUCUUGACGAUGUUGAUGAGUUUGAACAGUUAGAACGACUUGCAGGCGGCUGUGAGUGGUUUGGUUGUGGAAGCAAAAUCAUUAUAACAACAAGAAAUAAGCAAUUGCUAAUUGCACGAAAUGUUGAGAAAGCAUAUGAAAUGAAGGAGCUAAAUCAUCUUUACUCUCUUGAACUCUUUUGUUGGCAUGCCUUUCGCAUGAUACAACCUGCAAGUGACUAUACACAUAUGUGCAAUCAUGUUGUAAGAUAUGUACAUGGCCUUCCUCUAGCCUUGAAAUUAGUAGGUUCCAAUUUGGCACAUAAAACCUUAGAGGAAUGGAGAUCUAUGUUGGAGAAGUAUAAAAGAAUCCCUGAAAGAACUAUCCAUGAGGUUCUCAAGAUAAGCUAUGAUUGCUUACAAGAUGGUGCUAAGCGUGUUUUCCUAGACAUUGCUUGUUUCUUUAAAAGGAAGACAUUAGAAUCCAUUGAAGACGUACUAGAAGCCUGUGAUGAUGGGGCAAGAGAUUGUUAG